CGCAUAGCUGCGAGAGACGCGCAAACUCUCUCGGAUCUCAGUUGAGAGGAACUGAACCCAACACCAGCAGCGGAGAACAGCGGGCAUUCAGCAGCUCUUCUGGGGUGCCUGGCCCUUAACUGAAGACAUGACAGCAAAAAAGCGAUCGACAAAAUACCGUUGAGGGUCGGGAGUUAUGGAGUCUCUCUUUGGGAGCCAGCUGGGUUUGUUGGGGGGUAACGAGGGUCUCAAAGAAGAUGGAUGCGGGGUGGGCUGGUCCAGCUCUCCCUUAUCAGAAGACAUGUACUCUGCCUCCCACUUUGCGCUCAUCAGCGCCUACCAGGACAUUAAGACCCGACUGGCGGGACUCGAGAGAGAGAAUACAGACAUCAAAAGAAAACUCAAGAUCUAUGAGAUAAAGUUCCCCAUGAUAAGUGAGUUUGGAGAUGACAGAAAUUCCUACUGCUCCUUUGAGCCCAAGGACACUGCCCUGCUCCAGUCAGAAAAUGGCAGCCUGCAACAGAGAGUCAACAUGCUCACCGUUGAGCUUCAGAAGAGCAAAGAACGAGAGGAACAGUUGGAAGAUGUCAUUCAAGCCUAUGAGAAGAUCCACAUGGAGAAGACGAGUCUUCAACGUGACCUCGACAAGAUGACGUCUAUGGUGGAGAAACACGUCGAGCGGAUCCACAGUUUAGAAUCGGCUCUAAGGCAGAGGGAGAGCUCUAUACACAAACUCAACACACAGCUACACAACAAAGACAUGCAAUAUCUGCAGCUACACAGCCCUGACCCACAUUUGCUUGACUGCCCCAUGACCCUACAGAGCUCCCGAAGCCUGGACACCCUCUCUGACCUAAAAUUACAACGCCUGGAGGCGGAGUUAGAGGGGGUGCGGCAUGAGGCUCAAGGUGCGUGUCAGAGAGAGGAGGAGCUAAAGGGCGAAUGCGAGAGGUUACGGGAAGAGCUCAGAGAAUUGCAAAGCAAUCAUAGACAGCGGGAGGUGGUGAGCUCCAUAUGUGGACAGUGUGAUGUGGAAUGGAUAAAGAAAGUUGGAGAUGAACAGGUAAAUUUGGCUUUGGCCUACACUGAACUAACAGAGGAGUUGGGCAAGUUACAGACUUUGACCGCCAAACAGACUGAGAUAUUGCAGAAGGCCUCACAGGAGCCGGCAAGCCCAGUUCAACGCCACUCACCUGUCCCUCAUCAGAGGCAUUCUCCCGUUCCCCAGCGACAUUCCCCUAUCCAACAGCGUCAUUCCCCAAUACAACAGCGUCAUUCUCCUGUGCCCCAGCGCCGCUCCCCUGUGCUGCAGCGUCUGUCACCUGACAUGCACCGCCGUUCACCUCUGCCUGAGCUGAGCGACGGUCCCGCAUCGUAUUCCUGCAGGCCAACAUCCCACCACCUGAGGGCAAGUUUCCAGGGCAGACGAAGUUACUCCGAAGUGGCCGAUCCUUCGGCUUACCAACGGCCGCCGCGAUUCACUCUGGAUCCGGUGUCGACCCUGCCGAAACCUCGGCCGUAUGUGGACAGCUACCACAAGCAGCAACAGCAGCAACAACAACAGCAGCAGCAGCAACACGGGGGAAGCCAGCACAUGUUACUCCAAAGACAGGGCUCUCAGGGGGUGGGAGGAGAGGGGGGCCUGUCGGAAACUCCACGACUGUCCAGGGAGCUGUCUUUCCACCACUCUGACGUGUCCCACCUGCACUUUGAGCCUCAGCCCAGCCCGAAAUCGCUGCACCCGUCUCCACAGCCCCCUCAGUCCUCAGAGGAUGAGGAGGAGUGGUCCUGCCCUCAUCCCAUCAGUCCUUCCCGAACGCUGGGUGUGUCUAGUCCUUCGCCUAGUGCCAGAGGCCCUGCCUCUUGUUCUGCAUUCCCCAUUCCACCACGCCCCAACACCCUUAGCUGCCACCCACCUGGAUACCUGCACGCAGAGCAUGCCCAGUCUUGGCCGUCUAUUAACCUGUGGAUGGAGACAGAUGAAGAGGGCGACGUCCGGAGCUGUCCACUAUGCCAACUUAUCUUUCCUGUCGGUUACCCUGAUGAUGCCUUGAUCAAGCACAUUGACUCGCACCUGGAGAAUAGCAAGAUCUGACACCCACAUUUACACCAUGACCUUCUGUUGUUCCACAGGAACAUGUUUUCAGAGCUCCCACUAUUUUAAGCUGGGUGCCUUCAAAAAGAAUGUAGGCGAACUUGUGGCCGGUCUGAAAAAGAUCAAUUUACCUUCACUACAAAAACACAUACAUGUCAAGAAUCCCAAAGAGAGGCCAUGGAAGGUUUAUAAGCAUCCACAAAAUAUCUCCAUCAGGUUUCCUUUAAACACAGACUGUACCUUUUUAUUACAUUCAUUUUUAAUUAUAUACACUAAGCCAAACUGACUUUCUAAAGGAGGCAAAGUGCAAUAUUAAGACUGUCAUUUGUGCUUUCAGUCACAGUUCCCAUAAUCUUUUGCAUUCACGCUUUGGCGUGGCCACACAAUGCCUUGCAGGCCAUUCGGUCAGCGGGCAUUAUAAGAAGAGCUGCGUAAAUGAUUUAGGUUUCAUGCAGGAUGUGGCAUUAUUCUGAAAUAUCAAGAGAUCAUUAUACACACAGCCAAUUUCUAGGUCAAUAAAUAUCCUAUGAAAUCAGCACUUUAUAUAAGCACUUAAUAUCCAGUUUACCUUUACCAAUAUUACUAACACUGAGGCAAAAAAGGAACAACUUACAGAUGUUAUUUAUUUUUUAAUACUCUCCCUUAAAUAUCUUCAUUUGAUAGGACGUCCCUUUAACAUAAUUAUUCACAAUUACGCUUAUUUUGUCAGUCUUCCGGGGUGUUUGGAUGUACAAAAGGGAAGAUUUUUCAUAAAUAUGUUCUUAAAGACUUAUAUACAGUACAAAUGAACGAAGCUCUGUGCAAAAGGUUUGAGACGAUCACUGACAAAACGGCAGUUACUGUGUUGUUUCUCAAGACAGUAAUACUGUGAUUUCUAUAGUCAAUUUCGACAGUUUAUUUGUUAAGCUUGUUGAUCUCAGUACUAUUACUUCGAGUUGACAGCUUUGGUUUCGUGGAUGGUUUUUGAUCAACCAGGUUAUCUAUCAAAAUUUCUUGGACAAAAUAAUAUACCAUGUAUUCUCUCGAUCACAAUACAGAGCUCGAUCAGUUUAAAGCUUUUGUAAAAUGUAAGUAUUGUAAAUGUAUAACUGUAUUUAAAGCCAAUUAUCUGUAUUAAUAUGUAAAAUCAGCUACAUCAUAUAUAGAUAUGCAUUUUGCAAGCUCACAUAAGAACAAAAAUGGAUAGCCGAAUACAACUUUUUGUACUACUAUAAUCCGAGUAUAAAUGGCAUCAGUUGAGGGGUUGAUUAGCUAACUAACCUAUUCCCUUUCAGGUGUACCCUAUACUAUGUGCUAUACUAAGUCUUCUUAUGUUUCCCGAUUCUGCAGACUUUGUGACAGUGAGAGCACUGGAUAUGCUACUAACCCAGGUACCAAGGAGCUAUAAUGGGAAAGUGGCCAGAAAAGCGGUCCAAAAUUAGCCAUCCAAAUAUAGCAAGAGCUAAUGGGAGGAUAUGCUGUCUGUCAAAUAAUGAGUGGAAGAUUCAUCCAGUCGGUUGUCUAGUUACAUGUGGUAUCUGGUUAUAGUCUAAUGGCAAAUACAACAUACACUCUUAAAAAUAAAGGUGCUUCACGAUGCCAUAGAAGAACAAUUUUGGCUGAAUGGUAACCUACUGAAAAACAGCAGGUUGUUUAGAUUAUAAAAAGAUAUGAAAGAAAUGUAUCUUCUAGGCACCUUUUGAAGAACCAAAACUGAUUCUUCUAUGGCUUUUCUGUGAAGAACCGUUUAAGCAUCAUUAAAUAUACAAUAAAAGACUUACAACAGAUGUGGAUAUACUGAAGUCAACCAGAAACCAUCUAAUCAACCAAAGACAAAGCCUGCUUGUUUCUUCUUUUAUUUUUUAGGAUGCUGACCAGGUACCACUUAAGAAUCGAUGGUACGAUUGGAAAUGCGUACUUUUAAAUGCAAAAUGUAGAAAAGCUACCAUUUCUGCAUAAUCACACAGAUGUGUGCACAACACCUUUCCUAAUCUAACUUGUCUAGCACCUUUGUCCACAAACUUGCAGAGCAGAAGCAAAGAGAAAGUAAGCCACUAUUCACAAAGAGUUUCCUCAGGAGUUAUUUAAAGAGCUACCGCUGUUUCUCGCUCAUGUUUUUCUCAUGCAAUGGCAAAUUAUCGACCGAGUGCUUUUCUGGAUGCUCUAUAUAUGGUCUCUCAUUUGCCCUGUAGUUUGGUGUGUGACCUUUUGUGAUAUUCUUAAAUAACUCAGGGGAUAAAACUUUGUGAAUAUGGCUCCUUGACCAUACACGACUAACCUCCACAGGGACAACAUGACAACUCGCCAAAUCUCCUAAAGAGCCAAGAGGACAUAUUGGGUGGUUGUACUGUAUUUGGGGAGAUAUGGUAUUUUGUGAUAGCAACAAGGUAUUUUAAAGAAAAAGGGAUUUAUGAACACUGAAUAAUGAAUGCAUAUUGUGUCAACGAUUUUUUUCUGUAAAUACUAUGUGAAAUAAACUGGAACAUGCACUGA